AUGGCUAUUCGUCAAGCUCUUCCAAGUUUGCUUGAGACUACCUUCACAGACGCUGCCCUCGUUGCCUCCACCCUCUUCCUAGUGUACCUCGUCCUCAGAUCUCUCUACCGCCUCUCCCCACUCCACACUCUCCAUCACAUCCCAGGCCCAAUAUGCUCCCGCCUCUCCUCCAUCCCACUGCUUUACCACUCCUACAUGGGUGACGAGACAGCAUGGUUCAACCGCCUCCACCGCCUCCACGGCCCCAUGAUACGCAUCUCCCCCAACACCGUCGAUAUCUCCGACGGGGCAGCCCUCCAUGACAUCUACGUGGCGAACGGUGGUUUCCGCAAGCCAGAUAUCUACCACAACUUCUCCCCCGAUGGACACCACCUGGCGCUCUUCAGCGAGACGGAUCCUGCAAAACGGCAGAGCCGCGUUCGUGCGGUAGCAGGCUGUUUUGCUAGCUCGAGCGUGAGGGCAGGAAUCGGACGCACCCUGGAGGUGGCUACGGAGAUGGCUGAGGUGCUGCAGCUGGCGAAGGAGAAGGCAGUAGUAAGCGGGAAACCUGUCGAUGUCUUGGGACUUGCCAGGUCGUUUGCUGCGGAUGCCGCGAGUGUCAAUCUUCUCAAAUACGAGUGGGGAGCUCUGGCUAGAUGCAAGGAGAUGAUUGAAAGUGGUGAGAUGGACCACGGCUUACGAGGAGAGGGCAUGCUGGACUUUUAUGAUGCAUUUGGCCGGUAUUGGUAUCUGCCUCCUGCAGCAUUCAAGAUCGUCGAAUGGAUGAGAUUGCGGUUCGCAGACAAAGCUGUCUUUCAAACAAUCGAUACCCUGUGGACUCAUAUCGAUCGCGCCGUCGCGGCGGUAAAGAUGGAAAUGGAAAAGUUCACGGGCACCUUCCCCGAACGCUUAUUGCACGUCCGCUUCUCGGAGGCUGAGACAAAAGCACAGAUCGCGGAUGCUCUAUUCGCGGGCGUGGAGACCACCGGCUUCAACGUGGCAUCCAUCGUUUGGCAUUUAGUGCGGCGUCCAGCAGCAUAUAGUCGGUUGAGGGAAGAAGUCUUCGCCCACGAUCCUUCGCAAGAUGUGCGAAUGCUCCCAUACCUCGGCGCCGUUGUCUAUGAAGGUCUGCGUAUCAGCAAAGCCAAUCCCACUCGCUUCCCCCGAGUUGUUCCUGCCGGAGGGUGGGCAUUUGGAACGAAUGUGCUGCCUGCGGGCACCGAGGUCUCCUGUACGCCCUAUGAGCUCCAUUUCAACUCUGACAUAUACAAUGACCCGACAAGUUUCCUGCCAGAGAGGUGGCUUGAUGCUGGUGAAGAGAUGAGAAGGAAUUGGAUACCUUUUGGUUUAGGAUCGAGGAGGUGCAUUGCGAGAGAGCUGGCUUUGAUGGAGAUUCACUACGCAGUCUAUGCUUUGGUCAAGAGUGAUGCACUCGCGGGUGCAUUUUGUUGCCAGCGGGAGCUGGAACUGCUGGAAUGGUUCAGCGUCAAAGUUGUUGGUGGCAGAAUCGACUUGAAGUGGAAUCAAGUCAUGCACAAAGAAAAUGUCUAG